AUGGCUACGAACGGGUCGUCAUUUGCCAUUGCGACGACACUCAACCGCCCCUCAGAACCAGACUCAGACCUCCGUUCAAAGCACCUCUCACAACCCUACAACAUGCAGUCCAUCAGCACAGAGAGUCUGCCCGCCCUCUUUGGCUCUGCAUCGCUCCGUCGCUCAAACUCGAAUGUCUCCAGAACAAGCAGAAACAACACCUCCUCGCCCGUCCCUUCCUCGACCAACACCAGCUACUCUACUCCUUCCUCACCAGCUCACCCAUUGGCCUCCUCCAAGACAGCGGCGUCUGCUUCCAGCACCAACGGUUCUAAGAGCAACGGGGCGUCAGGAACCUCUUCUUCCUCUGGGCGGUCUUCGUCGCCAAAGCAUCAAUCAGGAACAUCCCAAGCAACAGCAACAACAACGACACCAUUGACGACAGCGUCUACGAGACGGCUCCCGAUCGACAUGAUCUCUGACCAGUUUGAGCUCGAGGGGAGCCACGACCGAAGGCCGAGCAGCUGGGAUAUCAUGGACAUGAUGGCGAUUGACCAGCUCCGACAGUGGUUGGUCUGCUUCUGUGUGGUCAACUUUGAUCUUGAAAAAGGCCAAGGCAAGUUCCCUUGA